AUGUCAAAUAAAGAGAUCACAAACUUUUCCGAAGAGUUUCAAAUCCUUUUUAGACUUUUUAAUGAAUUUUACGCUGCUAGUAGUACUAGUGAAAUUCAGGAAGUAUACGAGAAGGAUGGUGAAACUAACAUUAAGGAAAAACUAACAGUUAUUUCUAUGAACAAACAAACUACUGUAACCCCAAAUGAAUAUAAUUUGAAUGAGAUAAAGAAUGAUUCACCUGAAGAAGACAAUACAGCUAGUUAUAGCGCGGACGAAAUAAUGAAUAUGCCAGUUAUACUUCUUGCUGAAAACGAUAAUCUCCCACAUACCAAUGAAACUACGAGCAGUGAAAUUAAUCUUGAUAAUAGUAAUAUCGAAAAUUAUUUAUUGUGGCAAAAGACGCCAGAACGAUCAGGCAAAAGACAAACGGAUAGAUUACCUUUUGUGAUAACUUCUUCAGCCUUUAAGAAAGUGUGCGAAGAAAAAAUGGGGAAAAAUACAGAAAAAGACAAGGAAAAGGCAAGAAAACUAGCCACGCGCAUUGAGAAAAAGAAAUUAAAGGAGGAAAAAAUAAAAAAUAAAAAAUGUCCUAAUAAUCGAAUUAAAACCAAAAAGUCUAACAAUAGAAAGUGUACAGCAACAGAAGCAGAUAAAAUUAAAAAGGACUCCAAACAAAUAAUUUCAAAAAUCUUACUCGAGAGCAAUGAAAUAGGCAAGGUGAAAAAAAGAGCAGAAGAUAAUGUGCACGCCGGAUGCUGUAUGGGCUGCAGCUCGGCGAGAAAGGACCUGGAUAAAACCGGCGAUGUAAACAUUAAAUUCUUAGACGGCAGGUGCGACCCAUUUUGA